CGCAGCGCGGGGAGGAUAGCUCAGGGGCGGGGCCUGGCGGCGAACUAUAUAAGGCCAGGCGCACAGCGCCCCCCUCCUCACUCGCGCGUUAGGAGGCUCGAGUCGUUUUGCUGUCCUGUCUUCCCGCCUGCGCCAGGGACCUGCCCAACUCAGUGGCCACCAUGGCAUCAGAUGAGGGCAAGCUUUUCGUCGGAGGGCUGAGUUUUGACACCAAUGAGCAGUCACUGGAGCAGGUCUUCUCAAAGUACGGACAGAUCUCUGAAGUGGUGGUCGUGAAAGACAGGGAGACCCAGCGAUCCAGGGGCUUUGGGUUUGUCACCUUUGAAAACAUCGACGAUGCCAAGGACGCCAUGAUGGCUAUGAAUGGGAAGUCUGUGGAUGGGCGGCAGAUCCGGGUGGACCAGGCAGGCAAGUCAUCUGAUAACCGAUCCCGUGGAUACCGAGGUGGCUCUGCUGGAGGCCGGGGCUUCUUCCGCGGGGGCCGGGGCCGGGGCCGUGGUUUCUCCAGAGGAGGUGGGGACCGCGGCUAUGGGGGGAGCAGGUUCGAGUCCAGGAGUGGGGGCUAUGGAAGCUCCAGAGACUACUACAGCAGCCGGAGUCAGGGUGGCGGGUACGACCGGAGCUCUGGCGGGUCCUACAGAGAUAGCUACGACAGUUAUGCUACACACAACGAGUAAAAAUCCUUCCUGCUCGAGAUCGUCCUUCCAAUGGCUGUGUGUUUAAGGAUUUGGGGAGCGCCGCUGCAUCGUUAGUGUGUAGUGACCACGCCUCCUUGUGCCCACUUCUGUAGUUUUGUUGGUUCUGAUCUUGUCAAACACAGCCUGACUGCUUCUGACCCCCAGAUGGCCUCACUGCUGCCCUUUGCUUUUUAAGGAAGUGCAUUCUGUUUUUAAGGGUUUUUAAAUCGUUUUGAAAAGCACAUCCAGUUUUACUUUUAACCUUUUUACCACUAGCCAAGAGAUUUUUUAGAAAAUAACUGGGGGUUGUGAGGGUUUUGUUUUUGUUUUUGGUUGUGUUGCCAUUUUCGUUUCUUUUCAGUGGGGUCAACCCCGUGAGGUUGCUCCUUUUUGAGGUUGAACGAACUCUGGAUCCGCUCUCUUUGUCGGAAGCUGAGCAAGCUGUGGCUUUUUUCCAACUUGGUGUAACAUUUCUGAGUGUAGCGUGGUCAGACCGUGCAGGAGGCAGUGGAGGUGCCCGGGCUGCCCGCCUGUCCUGGGCGACCCACAGUCCCCAAGAGGUUCUUGACAACGUGUGUUUAUAUUGUCCUUUUUUACUGGAAGUCAUACACAUAUGCCAUCACUGUUGUAUUUGAAGUGGUUGAGGAAUCCUUGUAUGCCGUUUUCUUUGGCUUCACGAAGCUGAUUAAAAGACUGUCUGAAUGAA